UACGAUUGUCCGAGGGGCCCUGGAGGCAGCACACUGCAGUGAGCCAAAGCUACUUGGAAGAGUCAUGUUUUCUUCUACAUUUUAGUUUUUGGUCAUGGCUAAACAGUACGACUUUUUGUUCAGGUUGCUCAUGCUCGGAGACUCGGGGGUCGGAAAGACGUGCGUGUUGCGAAGGUUCACAGAAAGUGAAUUUGAUCCUUCACAUAUUUCCACCAUCGGAGUAGAUUUUAAAAUGAAAACACUAGAACUAGAUGGAAUCAGGGUGCGAGUACAGAUAUGGGAUACGGCAGGUCAGGAACGUUAUCACACCAUCACCAAACAGUACUACAGGCGUGCACAGGGUAUCAUCUUUGUAUACGACAUCACAAGCAAGUCGUCCUUUCAGCACCUAGUGAAGUGGGCCAGUGAUGUGGAUGAAUAUGCCCAAGACAAGGUGCAAAGGAUCUUGGUAGGAAACAAGUGUGAUGAGGAGCUCAAGAGGCAGGUGACAAAGGACCAAGGAAACAAGCUAGCAGAAACCUAUGGGAUGGAGUUCUUUGAGACCAGCGCCUUCAACAGCAUGAACAUCUGUGAGUCCUUCACUCGUGUGACAGAACUGGUGCUGCAAGCUCACAAGAGAGACAUGGACAACUUGUUGGGAUCCCUGGAUGAUUAUCUGGAGAAGGCCGUUUUGGAAGAAGAGGACAGCGAAGGCAUCGACAACAACGCUCAGAAGACCUGCAUCUGUUAGAAAGAGGGCCAUCACAGUACCAUGGCUCAUACUGUAGCUAAAGACAUUUGUUCCCCACUGUGACUUGACUCAGCCCUCCUCCGCUUUCUUCAUAGAUACUGUGACCUGUUGGCCAGGAGGGUGCUCCAUUGGUUUUCCUUUUUGUAUGUCAGUGCAGUGGUAGAUGCAGUUAGCAGCAGCAACUAGCAGAGGGCCCAUUCUGUUGCAUGAUCGCUGAACCCUGUAGCCAGUGAAGAGUAGCAUACAGUGCAUGAAGGUAGCUCCAUUUGCUCCAGCAAAACUAUCAAUGCACACUCUCUUUACAUUUUCCACGGUGAAAUGCACUAUAUACAUCUACAAAUUGAUUGGUGACGUGUGGAUCCAUAUCAAAGAAAUCAGUUUAUUAAGUUGAGUAUAUGUGCUACGACAAGGCAGCCAGAGGACAGAGUUGAAUUAUUUACUUCUCGAAACUCAAACCAGGGUGGAUUCUUUUACACGAUGGGCGUAUUUCUUCUAGGGAGACAGUGUUUUGCCAUGUUCAAUGACCUUUCUGAAUGCAGUGCAUGUUUGUUUACCAUCCUGAAUGUAUAUGUAUUUGUUUUAUGAACGUGACUGUCAUUGCCUACUGUAUGUUAUGCAUUUAAGCAGUGCUACUGCUGCUUAGUAUAUGUUUGCAGGGUCUGCUGAGGUGCCACGGAUAUGUCAUGUUAAUGUUAUGUUUGAAACUCAAGGAUGUUGCAAAAAAUCUUGCUAUGUAUAAGUUAAUAAAUUCCAAUUGCCUAUAUUUAAAACAAA